AUGUGGACCGCAAGAAAAGUUUUGGGAUUGCUGCUGCUGUUGCUCGGCAGUUGGGUGGGGCACACUGUUGGCACUUGCAACGUGUGCAAUUCUGUCAACAGCAUGGCCUGCUACUCGAUGAACCAGGUACAGGCAUGCGAUGCCAACAAUUUGCCCACGCUACGGCCCUACGACUGUCCGGCGGGCUAUGUGUGUGUGAGUGGCAGGCAGGGCGUGCUGUGUAGGCCCGCAAUAAGUGCGAGUGGGCAAGCUGACUGCCAGCAGUGCAACAAGUGUGAUGCAAGCCGAACCUUUGCCUGCACGGAUACAACGAGCUUUUCACUUUGCCUAGGCACAGACAUGCCACAAAAUUCACGAGGCACUUGUGCGGAGGGCUAUGUCUGCAACAACAACAACAGCACACAGAUUUGUAGACUGGCAACUGCGGUUGCACCCACUUGCUCCUAUGCAGACGACACCACCACCACCACCACCACCAGCACAACCACAGCUGCGCCCACGACACCCUCACCACAAGGCGACCCCACUGCUUAUUGCGCCGCUGUGCAGCAGCAGGGACGCUUUGCCGUGGGCCCUGAUGCCGCCUCCACUUGUCGCCAGUACAUACACUGUCGUCUGCUUAAUGACCAAUGGCUGGGUCAGCGCUACACCUGCCCGGGCAGCACCUUUUUCGAUGCCCGUGCCAACUUGUGUGUGACCAGCAUGCCGGAGACUUGCUCGUAUCACCCCAGCACCACCACCAGCACCACACCAGCACCCACUGUGGACAAUCCCGCUGCCUGGUGUGCCGCAAUGCAGUCACAGGACACCUAUCCUGUGGGCACCAACCCAUCAACUACCUGUCGCCAGUAUGUCUACUGCUUUCUGCUCGAUGGCGAGUGGCUGGGCCAGAUGUACACCUGUCCAGGCAGCACCUACUACAACAGCGCCAUGAAAAGAUGCGUUCCCGCAUUGCCAGCCACUUGCUCGGCGAGCAUUGCUAGCUUGAGUCUUAAUGGUGUAGAGCUACAGCUAGAUUAA